CACUGGUUCGAUAUGCUACGGUGUACCAUUGCAUGUCGUUACCGAGUACAAGCCCUAACAUUAAAGCCCACCUUUCCUUUAAAAGGGCGCUGGUACUCUACUGCUACCGAUGAUUUCACUGUAGCAAAAACAAGAAAUAUUGGUAUCAUUGCUCAUAUCGAUGCCGGUAAAACAACCACCACCGAACGCAUGUUACAUUAUGCAGGUGUAACGCGAAAGAUUGGAGACGUCGACGAUGGUGAUACCGUCAUGGAUUAUCUAGCCGCGGAGCGAGAACGAGGCAUUACCAUCAACAGCGCAGCCAUUACUUUUGGUUGGCGUGGACAUCGCAUUAACUUGAUCGAUACACCAGGUCACGUAGAUUUUACUAUCGAAGUAGAACGUUCUGUGCGUGUGCUGGAUGGUGCUGUGACGAUUUUGGAUGGUGUCGCUGGCGUAGAAGCGCAGACACAGACGGUAUGGCAUCAAGCGGAUCGAUAUAACGUUCCCCGUAUUGCCUUUGUCAACAAGAUGGAUCGCAUGGGAGCUGCCUUUGGUCGCACUGUACGUGAAAUUCGAAGCAAACUUGGUGCACGGCCUUUGGUCGUGCAAAUUCCUGGCCCGAUGGAUGAAUCAUCCACAGGUAUGGCCAGUGUAGCUGAUCUCGUUACUAUGGAAUUACUGCAGUGGGAUGAAUCAAGCAAAGGGUCUACCAUUCAACGAACUCCUUUGACGGAAGGCCCCAUUUAUGAAGAGGCCGUGCGCGGGCGUACGGCUUUGGUAGAAUCUCUUGCCGAACUAGACGAGAACAUUGUCGAAAUCUUCUUUGACGAAGCGGACGGCGAUCACAUGAAAGUUUCGGCAAACGAUAUUAAAAAAUCCAUUCGACGAGUCACCAUUCAAGGCACCGCGGUUCCUGUGCUCUGCGGUGCCGCUUUUAAAAAUAUCGGUGUGCAGCCUGUUAUGGAUGCCGUGGUCGACUACCUCCCCAGUCCAUUGGAUCGACCCAAUGCGAUUGCCACCCUCAACAAUGGCGCCAAGACGGAGAUUGCAUUGAAAGAAACUGGAAAACUUGUAGCGCUGGCCUUCAAAGUGUCUCAUGAUCCUCGUCGAGGUGCAUUAGUCUUUGUACGAGUGUAUUCUGGAAAGUUGAACGACCGAUCGACCAUCUUCAAUACCACUACCAACACCAAGGAGCGUGUUAAUCGAUUACUGCAAAUGUAUGCGAAAGACGUCGAGGAAAUUCCGUUCAUAUCGGCUGGUAACAUUGGCGUCAUUGUCGGUUUACGAGAUACCCGUACUGGUGAUACCAUUGUCCAAGGCAACGACGCAGCAGCUAUCAAGUCCAGACUCCAACUUAGCAGAAUUGAUAUUCCUAGCCCAGUAUUUUUCAUGGCCAUUGAACCGGCUUCAGUAUCUGAAGAAAAGCCAAUUGAUGAGGCUCUGCGAAAGUUACUGCGAGAGGAUCCAUCGUUGCAUGUAUGGACCGACAGUGAGAGUGGUCAAACGCUGAUCAGUGGUAUGGGAGAACUUCACCUUGAGAUUGUAAAGGAUAGGCUUUUGAACGAAUUCAAAUGCAAGGCUGAGAUGGGCAAGAUGCGUAUCAGUUAUCGCGAAACCUGUCAGGGUGAGGCUGUUGUAGACCAUAUGUAUGACAAGGAACUGCUGGGAAAACGUGUCCGAGCUGCAUGCAGGGUUGCUUUGCGUCCGCUUGAUGAAGAAGCUGACAUGGAUGCCGCUAUUGAGGAAGGAUGGACCAAGGAGAGUGGAUGUUUGAUUCAAGCUAGUGCUGAUGAAGUCACAGACGCAACAGAAGACGAAUCGCAACCUACUGCAAAUCAAAAUAACUCCAUCAGUGAAGAAGAAAUCAAAGAUGCUGUCCAAACUGGUCUCCAGUCUGGCCUCUCUCGAGGUGCUUUGCUUUCAUUCCCACUUACCCGCCUGCAAGUCCGAGCGGACAAUAUCCGCCUGUUCGGUGCCGACACCACGCCAGGUGCUAUUGCUGCAUGUGUGUCUCAAGCUGUGUACGAUGCAGUCAAACAAGCUAGCCCUGCGCUUCUAGAACCCAUGAUGGAAGUCAAUAUUGAAGUCACUGAAGACCAAAUUGGUUCAGUCGUUGGUGACUUGAGCGGCACGCGUCGUGGGCAUGUCAUCGGGCUAGAAUCCGCCAAGUCGGAUACCGUUCAACAAGAAAUACAUAGUGCCAUCUACGCACCGCCUGAUUCUGCCAUGUCGGGUGGAGUUCAUCAUCAUGAACAUGCGACACAGAAAAGAGUCAUCAAAGCCCACGUCCCACUCAGUUCCAUGAUUGGCUAUUCCAGCGCUUUACGCAGCUUGACGGCUGGUAACGGGACCUUCUCCAUGCGUGUCAUAGGCUAUGGCGAUAUGAGUCAGGAUCGUGAACGAGCUGUCAUCAAGGAGAUUAAAGGCUAUUAGAAGGUUUCGCCAAUGAAGCGAAUAAUGCAUUUACGACACUCAUAGACCCAAAACGAUUGUAUUUACAAUAUCAUAGAGCAAAAAGAAUACACUGAAUGAUUUUAAUAUACAAGAGAAU